AUGGGCGAUAAGAUAGAUGACACGGCGGACGACUAUGUCGGCUAUGCCAACGACCCCAAGGGCAUUCCAACAAUAAAACCUACCCCCAGGGACCCCAUGAUCCCCAUCGAGCUGCCUGUCCGUGACAACGUGCACGAGGUUGUCAUGAGGUAUAGGAGCCGGACAAUCCCAUGCCGCACUGUUAAGCAGACGCUGGUCGAUAGCCAAACCCCCGUUGCAAUUAAUCUCCUGGCCCUCCUCUUUCUUAGCCACUUGAUAAUCCCCAAAUCUCGAGUCUACACGAGGCCCUUCUUCGAGCUCUCCUACUACAACCCCGACACUGGACUGUAUGCAAACGGCGGAAAUGACCAAUAUUUCAUCGCCUUCUUUGUCGUCUUAUUCACUGGUCUGCGCCAUGCUGUUAUGUGCUUUGUUCUUUGCCCUCUGGCGCGACGUGGCGGCAUCUCCAAGAAGAAAGACGUGGCUCGUUUUUCUGAACAGGCAUGGAACAUUAUCCACUACUCCGUCUUUUGGCCACUUGGUCUUUACAUCUGGUAUACCUCUCCCUACUAUCUCAACAUGACCGAGCUCUGGACCGGCUGGCCCAGCCGCGAGAUUAGCGGAACCAUGAAGUUCUACUUUCUUACGCAGCUGGCAUUUUGGCUCCAGCAGAUGCUCGUCGUCCACAUUGAGAAGCAGCGCAAGGAUUACUGGUUGACAAUUAUUCAUCACUUUGCCACCAUUUGGCUGGUUACCGCCUCUUACUCGUACCAUUUCACGCGCGUUGGCAACCUGACUCUCAUCAUCAUGGAUGUUGUCGAUCUCAUCUUUCCAUUGGCCAAGUGCGCCAAAUACCUGGGCUACAGAAAGCUCUGCGACUGCCUCUUUGGCGUCUUUGUCGUCAUCUGGCUUGCGACUCGCCACGUAUUCUUCCUCAUGGUCAUAUUCAGCGUUUACUACGAUACCGGUCGCCUCGUGCCACACGAGUGCUUUCAAGGAUCCAUGGCAAAUCUUCAGGGCCCUCUGCCCCAGUCUACCACCGGAUGGACUCUACUCGAGCCAUUUCACUCGCCACAAGGCAUGAUUUGUGCCAACAGCAGCAUCUUCUUCGGCUUCUUUACGUUCCUCAUUGCUCUACAGGGCCUCAUGGUGAUUUGGUCCUACGCCAUUCUCAAGGUCGCAGUGCGAGUCCUCAGCGGCAAGAACGCCGACGAUAUUCGUAGCGACGUCGGCGAGGACGAGAUGACCGAGUUUGAGGGCAGAGAUCCGGUCGAGUUUGAGAACUUCGAUUACUGGGCCCGGACUGUGUACGAGGCCAAAUCAGAGCCCAAGGUGCUGCUGGCGGAAAAGGAAAAAGUCAUGAAAAAAGGAAACGAAACUCAGACGGACAAAGGCGGUCUGAAUGGUUGGGAGUGCCACCAUAGACGCACACACGCCAUUUCGAGCGGAUUGCAUCUGCCUGGUCAGAGCGAGCAUAAGGAGCUUCUCAACCGGCUUGAUGCCCAGCGUCGAUGGACUACCUGAAUGUAUUCUUGGUUGUCUGUUGUUUUUUACGGAUGAUUUGAUGGAAUAGGGGGUUUUAGGAGUUUGGGUAAGCUUGUUGGCAUGGCUUGAUUUACGCGGUUUUGAUACCAGUGAGCCUAAACUGCAAAGCAGAAACGGCCUUUCAUGUUGUUCGACACCAGAUAUUG